CAUGAGGCCAGCCCGCGCCCCGCCGCCCUUGGGCGACGGCCCCUCCCGCGCUUGCCGGGCCCGUUAGCUGCGCGCCGCGCCUCUUGUGCGACGGCCCCUGGGCGGCGGAGGCCGUGGCGGCGGCGCGUGCCGGCGCGGCCCUGGCGCGCCCCCUGGCGGCCCGGCCGGCAAGCUGCGGGUGCGGCGCUGACCCGGAGGCGGCGGCGGCGGUGCCCGGAUGGAGGCACGUCAUUGUCCCCCGCCGGGCGGCUGGGCUGUGUGCGGCGGCGGCGGCGGCGGCGGCCGAGGGGGAUGGAGCGAGUGCCGAGCCGGGUCAGGGUUGAAAAAUGACCAUAGUUGACAAAACUGAGCCUUCAGACCCAUCAGCCUGUCAGAAGCAGCCUGGCAGUUGUGAGGCGGUCUCACCUGAAGACAUGGACACAGGCUCUGCCAGCUGGGGUGCUGUGUCUUCAAUAAGUGAAGUCUCAAAUCAUACACUUUCCUUAGGGCCAGUGCCCGGUGCUGUAGUUUAUUCUAAUUCAUCUGUACCAGAAAAAUCAAAACCAUCACCACCAAAGGAUCAAGUCCUAGGUGAUGGUAUUGCUCCUCCUCAAAAGGUCCUUUUUCCAUCUGAAAAGAUUUGUCUUAAGUGGCAACAAAGUCAUCGAGUUGGCGCUGGGCUCCAGAAUUUGGGCAAUACCUGUUUUGCCAAUGCCGCAUUGCAAUGUCUGACUUACACGCCACCCCUCGCCAAUUACAUGUUAUCUCAUGAACACUCCAAGACAUGCCACGCAGAAGGAUUUUGUAUGAUGUGCACAAUGCAGACGCACAUAACCCAGGCACUUAGCAACCCUGGGGAUGUUAUCAAGCCAAUGUUCGUCAUCAAUGAAAUGCGGCGUAUAGCUAGACACUUCCGUUUUGGAAACCAGGAAGAUGCCCAUGAAUUUCUUCAGUACACGGUCGAUGCCAUGCAGAAAGCAUGUUUAAAUGGCAGCAAUAAAUUAGACAGACACACCCAGGCCACCACCCUGGUCUGCCAGAUAUUUGGAGGCUACCUAAGAUCCCGAGUCAAAUGUUUAAAUUGCAAGGGUGUUUCAGAUACCUUUGACCCAUAUCUGGACAUAACAUUGGAGAUUAAGGCUGCACAGAGUGUUACCAAGGCGUUAGAGCAGUUUGUGAAGCCAGAACAACUGGAUGGAGAAAACUCCUACAAAUGUAGCAAGUGCAAAAAAAUGGUUCCAGCUUCCAAGAGAUUCACCAUCCAUCGGUCCUCUAAUGUUCUCACGAUUUCACUGAAGCGUUUUGCCAACUUUACCGGUGGAAAAAUUGCUAAGGAUGUAAAAUAUCCCGAGUAUCUUGAUAUUCGGCCCUAUAUGUCUCAGCCCAAUGGAGAGCCAAUUAUCUAUGUUUUGUAUGCUGUGCUGGUGCACACUGGUUUUAACUGUCAUGCUGGUCACUACUUUUGCUACAUCAAGGCUAGCAAUGGCCUCUGGUAUCAGAUGAAUGACUCCAUCGUGUCCACCAGUGAUAUUAGAUCGGUGCUUAACCAGCAAGCUUAUGUGCUCUUUUAUAUCAGGUCCCAUGAUGUGAAAAAUGGAGGGGAACCCGCUCAUCCUGCCCACAGCCCCGGCCAGGCCUCUCCCCGACCUGGAAUCAGUCAGCGGGUGGUCAACAAGCAGGCAGCACCAGGCUUUAUCGGGCCCCAGCUGCCUUCCCAUGUGAUGAAGAACACACCACACUUGAAUGGUACCACACCAGUGAAAGACACACCAAGUAGUUCUGUGUCCAGCCCUAACGGAAACACCAGCGUCAGUAGGGCCAGUCCUGCUACUGCUUCGACUUCUGUGCAGAACUGGUCUGUUAACAGGCCCUCCGUUAUUCCAGAACACCCCAAGAAACAAAAAAUUACCAUCAGUAUUCACAACAAGUUGCCUGUUCGCCAAGGUCAGGCCCAGCUGAAUAACAACCUCCAUGGCACUUGUCUGGAGGCCCCGAGCAAGGCGGCGCCCUCCUCCACCAUCACUAACCCUUCUGCAGUACAGUCUACCUCGAACGUACCCACAACAUCAGUGUCUAACAAAGUAGCAAAACCAGUUUCCCCCGGCGAGUCCUGUGCCAAGCCCAUGAUGAAUGGCAAGGCUAAAGUGGGCUCCAGCGUGCUCGUCCCCUAUGGGGCCGAGUCCUCAGAGGACUCUGACGAGGACUCAAAGGGCCUGGCCAAGGAGAACGGUGUGGACGUGACGGCCAGCGCUCACCCCGAGAGGCCAGAAGCUGCUGCAGAUGAGGAUGGUGAGGCUGCCCCUCAUGAGCUUCAAGAGUCCGUCAUGCUAAAUGGUGCUAAUAGCGCAGACAGUGACUCGAGAGAGAGCAGCCUGGCGUUUGACAGUGCCAGUUGCCAGGUCCAGCCUGAUCUACACACAGAAAACCUCUUUUCUAAACUUAAUGGUCUUCCCGGAAAGGUGACGCCUGCGCCUUUGCAGUCUGUUCCUGAAGAUAGAAUCCCUGAAGAUAGAACCUUCAAGCUCACCAACCAGGCAAAGGGUCCAGCGGGUGAAGAGAGUUGGACUACGGCAGGGGGAAGCUCUCCAAAGGACCCUGUUUCACAGCCGGAGCCCAUCAGUGAUGAGGCCAGUCCCCUUGAGAUACCGGAGGCAGUCACCAAUGGGAGCACGAAGACCCCUUCCACCACGCCACCCCUGGAGCCCACCAUCAGCUGUACCAAAGAAGACUCGUCUGUUGUUGUCUCAGCCGAACCUGUGGAGGGUUUGCCUUCUGUCUCUGCUCUUUGUAACAGCACCGGUACUACCUUGGGGGAUGCCCCAGUGCCCGAAUCGUGUGACCCUGGAGACUUGACUGCCAUCUCGAGCCAGCCAACCCAAGCCGUGAAAGGUGAUGCAGCUGAGAACGCGCAGGACUCUGCCGUGGCUGAAGUGGUGGAGAGGCUGAGCCCUGCUCCCUCAGUACUCACAGGGGACGGCUGUGAGCAGAAACUCUUCCUUUACCUCAGCACAGAAGGCUCAGAGGAGGCGGAAGACUCUUCCAGAAGCUCGGGGGUCUCUGCUGAUACGAUGCCCCCUCAGCCUGACAGGACCACCACCAGCUCUUGUGAACGGGCUGCCGAGCAGGCUUCUGGGGAGAGAGGCAGUGAGGCUGGUGUGGGGCCCAGAGCUCAGGAGCCUUCCCCAGCCAAGGAAAAGAUGAGCAGCCUUCGGAAAGUGGACCGAGGACACUAUCGGAGCCGGAGGGACCGGUCCUCCAGUGGGGAGCACGCAAGGGACAGCAGGCCUCGACCAGAGGACCAUCACCAUAAGAAGCGGCGCUGCUACAGCCGGGAGCGGCCCAAGCAGGAGCGCCACCCUGCUAAUACAUACUGCAAUGGGGGCCAGCACAUGGGCCACGGGGACAGAGCCAGCCCUGAGCGCCGCUCCGUGAGCAGGUACAGCCACCACCACUCACGGAUUAGGAAUGGCCUGGAGCAGGACUGGAACCGGUACCACCACGUGGAAAAUGAGCCUGCCUGGGUCAGGGAGAGAUUCUACCCAGACAAGAUGCGGUGGGACAAGUGCAGGUAUUACCCUGAGAGGUACACGCCCCUGUACACGGCCCGGGAGGCUCGCGAGGCCCGGGAGGCCCGGGAGGCUCGGGAGGCUCGCGAGGCCCGGGAGGCACGCGAGUCCCGGGAGGCACGCGAGUGGCGGCCUCCACAUGGUCGUGAGCAUGAGCGCCUUGUCCAGUCUGGGCGGCCGCACAAGGACAGCUACUGGGGCCGCAAGGGCUGGGAGCUGCAAUCCCGGGGGAAGGACCGGCCCCACUUCCAAAGCCCCCGAGAGGCCGCUGGCCUUGCUGUGCCCCUCGAGAGGCAGCUCCAAGAGAAGGCUGCGCUGAGCGCGCAGGACAGCAGCCACAGUCUCCCUGAGCGCUUUCAUGGACACCAAAGUGUCAAAGCGAGGAAACGGAGGUAUGAGGCUCUAGAAAACACCGAUGGCCAUCUAGAAAAGAAAGUCCACAAAAGCCUGGAGAAGGACGCAGAGGAGCCGCGGGUGAAGAAGCACAAGAAGUCUAAAAAGAAAAAGAAGUCCAAAGACAAACACCGGGACCGAGACAGCAGGCAUCAGCAGGAAUCCGAUUUUUCAGGAGCAUACUCUGAUGCUGACCUUCAUAGACACCGCAAGAAAAAGAAGAAAAAGAAAAGGCAUUCGAGGAAGUCGGAGGACUUUAUAAAAGACGUCGAGAUGCAGUCUCCAAAGGUCUCCAGCCAUGAGGCCGUUGGCCAUUUCCGGAGAACAGAGGGCAACUUUCCACUGGCUGACGGUCUGCCUGUGGAAGACAGCGGCCCUUCCCGGGAAAAAACGAAGCAUUUAAGGAUGGAAAGCCGGCCUGACAGAUGCCAUCUGUCAGAGUAUGGCCAGGGUGACUAAAAACGCCUUGGCCUCAUAACAACAAAAUUACGAUUCAACAUUUUCAACAGAAGCCAUCCCCAACCCAGCUUAAAUUAUAAACAUAGAAAAUAACUUUGUCCAAACUGCGUGGUGCUUCUUUAGUAAAUACUGUACAGAUUUUACCAUGGACAACUUUUUUUUUCUUUUUUUAUUUUUCUUUUUCUUUCAGUUUUUACCUUUUCUUAAUUGCCCUUAUUCCAAAUGGAUACUUUCUACACUGCUGAACAUUGUAAAUUACCGUGUACAUAAAAUCACACUGACAAUAAUGCCCUGGAAUAGACCAUCUCAAAUGCUGCUUAGCCACAGACUCAGGUUGACUCCUUGUAUCUCAUGUAACGUUCCUCCACGCUAGACACUGGUGCACGGCCAGCUGGGAACCAUGGACUUCCAAAGGACAAGCGACAGUGCGUCUAUUUAAUUUAAAGACUUAUUUAAAGACCCAAGCUCUCAGUGAGAUCUUCGAGGGCUUCCUCUGCAAUGUCUGAUACUAGAAACUACUUUGCUUCACAUUUUAGUUGUAUUCAAGAUCUGAAGAUGUAUUUUAUAGACAAGUUCUGUUUUUGAACUUUGUGGAACUAUCCAAUCAAUUUACCAGUUCUGAUGAGUAUUUGCAUUAUGAAUGUAUAAUCCAGACAUUAUUUGUAAAGCCUACAGUAUGUUUUUUUUUACCUAACACUUUUUAUACUGUGUCUCGUCUCGACAAUAUAAUAUUGGAGUCUGAGUCGUCAGCUUGAUCCCUUCAAGUUUCUAGUUACAGACAAAAAUCAUACUGUGAUUUUAUUUUUAAUAUGGAUAUGCUAUAAAACUGUGACACUUAUGAUUCACUGGUCCUGCAUCAGGAGACGGGAGUGGGGAGAAGACUGUAUUUAAUACAGUGUGUAUCUGAAUAAUCUGUAUGGUUUAUACAGUUUGUGUUGUUCAGAGAUGUCUAAAGUUGAUCUUUGUUUUUUUAAGAUUAAAAAAGCACUUGCCCCACUGUA